GGCGGGUCCGUGCCGGGCCGGCGGCGGCGGGCGGCGAAUGGCGGCGGCUCCGACGCGGAAGAAGCCGGGAGCGGCUGCCGCUCCUUGCGCCACGCUCUGAGCCCGGUGCCGGCCGGGAUGGCGGACGGCGGAGCCCCGCGGGGGACGCGACGCUGAGCGGCGGCUCGGCCGUGUUCUGAUCUGCUUUCCCAAGUGAGUGUGGUGUGGCCGAGGCCAGCAUUUAACAAUGAGUGGUGCAGCGUUGGGCCUUGAGAUAGUGUUUGUAUUUUUCCUGGCCUUAUUCCUACUUCACCGGUAUGGAGACUUCAAGAAACAGCAUAGGCUGGUGAUCAUAGCAACAUUAUUGGCUUGGUAUCUCUGCUUCCUGAUUGUAUUCAUACUGCCUCUGGAUGUCAGUACGACUAUUUAUAAUCGAUGCAAGCUUGCGGUUAACUCCAGUCCUGCAGAAAGCAAUGGCUCUUACGUUACUCUUGCUCCAAGCAAGCAAAAAUGUUUCAAACCAUGGAGUUAUAUUCCUGAUGGAAUUAUGCCAAUUUUCUGGCGUGUUGUAUAUUGGACAUCUCAGUUUUUAACAUGGAUUCUGCUACCUUUCAUGCAGUCAUAUGCUAGAUCAGGAGGGUUCUCCAUCACUGGAAAGAUAAAAACUGCUUUGAUUGAGAAUGCCAUCUAUUAUGGCACUUACUUGCUGAUUUUUGGAGCAUUUCUAAUAUAUGUGGCUGUAAACCCAAACUUCAAUUUACAAUGGAACCAGCUUCAGACUAUUGGAAUAGCUGCUGCAAACACAUGGGGUCUGUUCCUUCUUGUUUUGCUUUUGGGUUAUGGUUUGGUGGAAAUCCCUCGUUCUCACUGGAAUGGGGCCAAGAGGGGUUAUCUUCUCAUGAAGACUUACUUCAAAGCUGCCAAACUGAUGACUGAAAAAGCAGAUGCAGAGGAGAAUUUAGAGGAUAUUAUGGAGGAAGUCCGUAAAGUAAGUGAGAGUAUCAAAUAUAACCACCCUUUGAGGAAAUGUGUUGAUACAAUACUGAAAAAGUGCCCUACUGAGUACCAGGAAAGAAUGGGCAGGAACAUGGAUGAUUAUGAAGAUUUUGAUGAAAGACAGAACAGUUAUCCCAGUGAAAAAAGUUUGGCCAAACUUCACAAGCAGGUAAUCUAUUCAGUGCAGAGACAUCGUCGUACACAGGUCCAGUGGCAAAUUCUUCUAGAGCAAGCAUUUUACCUGGAAGAUGUGGCAAAAAAUGAAAGCAGUGCAACUCGACAGUUUGUUCAUACCUUUCAUUCCCAGGAACCAGAAAAUAAAAUUAUUCAGUAUUUCUACACGCCAACGGUUGAGUGGUACUGGGAGUGCCUUCUCCGACCAUGGUUUUACAGAGUGCUUGCAGUUGUGCUGGCCACGUUCUCUGUAAUAGUUGUGUGGUCAGAGUGCACAUUCUUCAGCACAAAACCAGUUCUGUCACUAUUUGCGGUUUUCAUACAGCUGGCAGAGAAGACAUAUAAUUAUAUAUACAUAGAGAUGGCCUGUUUUCUUACCAUCUUUUUCUUAAGUAUCUGUGUUUACUCUACUGUCUUCAGGAUCCGUGUAUUUAACUAUUAUUACUUAGCUUCACAUCAUCAGACAGAUGCAUACAGUCUCCUUUUCAGUGGCAUGUUAUUUUGCCGUCUUACUCCACCAUUGUGCUUGAACUUUCUGGGCUUGACCCAUAUGGAUGCAACAAUCUCUCACAAAAAGACUCAGCCAACUGCUUAUACAUCUAUAAUGGGAUCCAUGAGAGUGCUGUCCUUCAUUGCAGAUGGAUUCUAUAUAUACUACCCAAUGCUUGUUGUUAUUCUCUGUAUUGCUACAUACUUCAGUUUAGGAACUCGUUGUUUGAAUCUUUUGGGAUUCCAGCAGUUCAUGGGUGAUAGUGAAAUGACCUCUGAUUUGAUUGAUGAAGGAAAAGAGCUAAUCAGAAGAGAGAAAAGAAAACGACAGAGGCAGGAGGAAGGUGAAAACAGAAGAAGGGAAUGGAAGGAACGGUAUGGAAAUAGAGAUGAUUCCACCAGAAGCAGAGCUGUCCACACAGACCAGAAAGAAUCCAGCUUCUCAGAGACCAAUGCCAAUAGAUCACUAUCAAAGUAUACCCGUUCAAAUGGUAGGACUGAAAGAGAUAGAAUAGAACUCCUUCAGGAUGCAGAACCUUUGGAUUUUAAUGCAGACUCUGUUAAUGAUGACCCCCUUGAAUCGGACUCGGGAAGGUACCAGCCUGGUGGAAGAUACCUGUCAAUGUCUCGAAGCAAAAUAUUUGAUGAUGUCUAAGCUCAUCAAAGCUAAAGAAAAUUCAGUGGAAAUCUAGCUCCUACUCAUUGCUUGGAAUAUAAUGUAUUUACGAUAUAUCACUAAACCAUCAAAGACUCUUAAAAAAAAUAUGAAGGAACAACUCUUUUGGAAAUGCACGUGUAUGAUAACUUCACCACUUGUGAAUAUGCUUCUGCUGUUGUAGAUACUGUUGUGCAUCAGUGUGGGCUUUUGUGUCAUGACCAAAAGGAGAAAACGAUUUAAAGUUAAUAGAUGGUAAACUCAUAAAUAUACCUAGGGCUCAACUUGAACUGUAACAGUCUAAGUUUGGGGAAGAGAUUUUUUGGAAUUUUUAAUUUUGUAUUUUAACCAAUGCUGUGAGAGCAUACUGAUGCAUCCAAAGUGCAGUUAUAUCAUCUGUGCUUUUGCUGAGAAAGGUUGGACUGUAAAAUCAUAGUCACAGAGUGGUUUGGGUUGGAAGGAACCUUAAAGAUCAUCUAAUUUCAAGUCCCUCUGCCAUGGGUAGGGACACCUUCCGGUGUUGCUCAGCCCUCCAUCCAGCCUGGCCUUGAACACACCCACAAAUGGGGCAUCCACAAGUUCUGUGUGGCAAGCUGUGCCAGUACUCACCACCCUUACAAUAAAGAAUUUCUUAACAUAUCUAAUCUAAAUCUGUCCUCUUCCAAUUUUCACCCAUUUCCCUAAGACCCUAAAUGAGAGAUGUGGAACUCCAGGCAGCUCUUCCAAAUGCAGUUUAUUACAUCCAAGAUGUUACAGCAGUCCAGGGUCGUGGGCGACAGAGCCUGUGCCUAUGGCUGUCAGCUGCAGGCAGGCCUGGAGACCCUUAGCUUAGGUUGCAAAUGUAUUAUAUACUUUUCUUUGCUAAGCAUCUUAAUAGAGUAGAACCAAUCUAUACCUUAACUUUUAUCUAUAGCCUAUCCUACUAUAAUUACCAUAUUCAUGUCACUAUUCUCCAGUCACUAAAAGUUUUAUUACAUUACAGUUUAAGUUAGAAGUUCUUUUUCAGUUUUCUUGCAGUGGAAAAUUCUGAGGCCUUUUUUCUACUUGCAACAUCUGCUGACUUGUUUGCCUGUGCUGUCUUUCUGCUUGGUAAAAACAUCUUCUUGUUUGAGGUGGAAGUUAUACUUUUACUAAAAGUAUAUUCAUACUUUAGAAGAUAAUCCAACCUUGUUUUGGUUAUCAUUUUGAUCUUCUUGAAGGCAGAUUAAGAAAGGAAAUCGAGAAGAAUAUUGCAUACCUGGUGUUGUCAGGGAAACCUUUCAUCCAGGCCACUGGUGAGAAUAAAAGCAGGAGACUGAUCCACUGCAGCUGUGAGGAGAUGAGCACGGCAAAGGAAUUGACUCCAUCUCAUCUUUCUAAUGCUUACAUGUUUAUUGCUUUUAUCUUCCCUGCAGGAAAAAAAAAAAAAAAAAAAAAAAGGUAAAGGAAGAAGAGAAUUUUUAUUUUUUUAAAUGUAAAUAUUUUACUAUCUCUGUAAGCUGAGGGAGGUGAUUCUACUCUUCUGCUCUGCUCUGGUGAGACCCACCACUGCUGCAUCCAGCUCUGUGGUCCCCAGCACGAGGACCGUGGAUCUGUUGGAGUAAGUCCAGAGGAGAGACACAAAGACGGUCAGGGAGCUGGAGCACCUCCUCCGUGACGAAAGGAUGUGUUGAGUUUGUUCAGCCUGGAGAGAAGGAGGCUCCAGGGAGAUCUCACUGCAGCCUUUCAAUACUUCUGUGGGGAUUACAACUAAGACAGGGCCCAGAAGGGAUAAUGGUUUUAAAGUGAAAGAGGGUGGAUUGAAGAAAAAUAUAAGGAAAUAUUUUACAAUGACAGUGGUGAGACAGUGGCACAAGUUGCCCUGAGAGGUGGUAGAUGUCCCAUCCCUUGUAACUUUCAAGAUCAGGCUGGAGGGUGCCCUGAGCACCCUGAUCCAGCUGAAGGUGUUCACGUUCAUUGCAGUGAGGUUGGAACUAGAUGACCUUUACAUUCUUCCAACCCAAACUAUUCUGUGAUUCUGUGUAUAUAUAUAUUUUUUUAGAAGUGGUUUGAAUAGGGAAGUGAAUAAUUUUCCAGAUAGUUAACCAGCCACACUCUUUCUCCAGACUUAGUGUGACAAGUUACUACUCUUAAAUCUACCAAUCUACCGUCUAUGCAAUUCAGUUGACGGGAAUUGUCCUUAUUCUAUACUAACUUCCAGUUAUUUGUUGUCAGAUGUUUAUUUGCUCAGAGAACAACAUAAAUUCUGGUGUUUAGUCGUUAGCAGUUGCUAAUGAAACUACACUGAGUGUUCAGUGGGUUUUAUACCUUCUGAAAUACCAUCUGCCUGACUGUGAAAUUACCAGGCUUCUGAAUUAACUCUACCCUUCCCUCUGCAGCUCCACCUGCAGAGUGCCGUGGUGCUUGUUCAUCCUGGUGUCUGCUCUGCAUGCUGUGAUAAAGAUCUUUACCCUUUCGCUCCAUAAACGUCCUGUCUUUUGCAUCUUGUUCUACAUUGGUUCAUUACUUGCCAUUGCCUUCGGGAUUUUUUUUUGAGAGCUUUAUCAAAAAGCCAAAGUUGGUCAGGGCCCAGCUGAGAGAGGAGACAAUUUCCUUUCACGGGCAGCAUGACCUGGAUUGCAAAGAGAGAUUCAGCUCAUGAACAGAGGUCAGGUAAUGGAGUGAUUUAUGAAUGUGGGCUGCACACAAACACAAGAAAAGCUCUGAGGUUCCUCCCACAGAAAUGUCUAGUUAAAAGUGUGUGUUUCAAGUUGCUCAGCAAGAUGUGCUGUAACUGAGCCAGCGCCUAGACAUGUCUGUGGAAACCUGCUAAGCCUUUGAAAUCCAAGUGAAUGCUUAUAGUUAAAUCAUCCAUAGUCAAAAAAAUAAUUUCCAGAGUUUAGGAAAGGUCAUCUAUUCUAAGUAAACUUCAUAAAGACCGGAUGCUGGUGGGAAUUUUCUGUUCAUCUUUUCCCCCAGAGGCUGCUCCUCUCAUAAGCAUUUGUACUCAUGCUUUUUAUUUUGGAAGAUUUUGCUGGUUUCAAAUCUGUCCUGAACGAAUGUGCUUGAGAUUGCCUAAAAAAUCACCCACAAGGGUAUGAGCAAAAGUCAGAACUACAAAGCACAAUAAGAUUGUAAGAUUCAAUCUACUUACAGAGGUAAGAUUCAAUCUACUUACAGAGGACAACUGAGGCACAACAAGGGAAAGCAAGCAACAACAAAACCAAACAAAAUCCAGAGCAUGUCUGCUUAGAGCAGGAGCACAUACCUUGUACAGCAGCCUCUUUGUCAGCUGCAUGUGUGAUUGUCCCACCCAAAUGCUGCCACUUCCCAUCCCACACCAGCACACACUCUUCUGGACUGCUUGCUGCUUUCCUUGCAACAGGAAAUUGUGGGCUGCUUUCCAACAGAUCCCAGUUAAGAGUGUGUGAACAGGCGGCAGCCCACAUAAUGUUCAUAGCCCUUUCUCUCUUCUGCAUUCCCAGAAGGUCUCUGGAGAUCAAUUCAUAAAACAAAGACAGUGGAUGGAAGGAUGUUACAUUUUCACAAAGGAAGUAUUUCUGAAUAAGUAAAUUAUUAAAUAAG